CAGACUCGACUUUACGAGGCCUAUCGCAGAUGCACAUUUUCAUCCUGCCAGUCUCUCUUCCUGCUCGCGCGCGAACGGUUCAGUUCUCUUAUCCUCAUAUUAGCAAAUUCAUUUUCGUUCACAUUAUAUUGCACUAAGUCUUUUGAUUAUUCAUUCAACUGUUACUUGGAUUAUAUAUCAUAACAAUCACCAUGAAGGUUCCCGCCAUUAGGCGGACAAUCCUAAUGGUUGUGUCAACAUUGAUUAGUUCUUAUCCUGUUGCUACUGCUGGUUCCCGUAAUUUUACUUUGCAUGGUCCAGGUGCUUUGUUGUUCGAUGGAAUCACCAACGUUGCUACUAGUGCAACCAAUUUCUUUACGGGGGUUGUUCAACGUCAAAAGGAGCUGCUUCAUCAUGUAACUGAUACAGCAACCGAUUACGUCGCCAAUGCGGUGGAGAAGCCAAGGAACCUGCUGAUGAACACAGCGAUUAUGACUACGAAUUACAUCGACAGUGCUGCAUCCAUUGGUCUCGACUUCAAACUUAGACGAGUUCUUGAGAAAUUUCGGACUCGAAUGCCUUACGGGUUUCCUGAGCUUGACAUUCCGGUUCUUGAACCUCUGCAACUACAAGAUAUUUAUAUUGAAACUAAUAAUCCAGAAAUUGGCGAUUUAAAUAUUUACGUUCAUAAUGUGACAAUCAGUGGACUAUCAACAUACAUAAUAAAUCGUGCACGAUUGUCAUUAAUUGGUCCAACAAUAGCAGUGAAUCUUACAAUACCAACAGUCAUUCUAGAUGGUUAUUAUAAUCUUACUGGAAUACUUGGAGAUAUGUUUUAUAUUCAUGGGAAUGGGCCAUUCAGUGCUACUGCUCGAGACUUUGCUAUAUUCUUUGAAACUGUAUUAGGAUAUUCAAGAGGCAUGUAUAUGAAGAGCUUUGAGCUAGAUUUUUCCAUUCAAGGUGUCAAAAUACGCUUGGGGAAUUUUAUGGGUGACAGCAAAUUCGGAUCGAUUAUGAAUGACGUCUUCCAGGAGCUCACCCCUCAGGCUAUAGAGAUCAUUAAGCCCGAAAUAUUGCCACAAAUACAGGAUUUUAUAGCAGCUCGAGCAAACGAUACUAUUUAUCAUCUUACAAUGAGAGAUGUACUAACCUUCCUUAUCGGUGAAAAUGAAAUUCGAAAUCACCCUCAUCUUCUUAUACCCUGAAGAAAAAGUGACACAUGUAUUUUUCGUUUUAUUUUUAUCUCGCAGUUUCAUGCAGGAUUUUUUUUAUAGAUUUGUUUAUUGGCUAUAUCAUCAUUCGGGUGGAGAAAUAGAGACAGUACUGUAGUAGAUUGCUUUUAGUGUAACACAAAGAAAUCCAAUUUAUAGUUGCAAAAAAAAAAUCCUUCAGACUAUCUGUAACAAAAGAAUAAAAUUAUUAAAA